AUGAAGUCUCUUCCCUGGCUGCUUUAUGUGGCUGCUCAAGCUUCUACCCUUGUCCACCCGACACUUGCCCAUUUCACUCCUCGCGACUACGAUGCUUACGACUACUACGCCCUUCAUCUACGAUCCACCUCAUCCCCUCAUGAUAUCGCCAAAAGACUAGGUAUCGAGUAUGUCGAACCAAUCGGCAGACUUGAUGACCACCAUCUCUUCCGAGUCCGUAAACGGGACGAGGAUGUUGUGGAAACCCAGCUUCGAAGGCUGCGACUACGCAAGCGCGAUGAGCUAUCUGCUGAAGAAGCGGAACUCACGCGCGCAGUCCGGUUUUCGGAGAAACAGAAAUUGAAGAAGCUGGUGAAGCGUACCCCACCAAAGCUUACGUCGCGAGACACUCACGAAAAGGGAUCUGGUUCGUCAUCCGAGGUUGCGGGUGGCCCUGGAGACAACAAAUUCAAGAGCGAUGACCCGAGUGGUGUCAAAGGUCUUUUCACGACCCUUGUGGAUACUUUGAAAAUUAAUGAUCCUAUUUUCAAGGACCAGUGGCAUUUAAUCAAUACAAGGGAAAUCGGCCACGAUGUCAAUGUUGGAAGGCUAUGGCUAGAUGGAAUCUUCGGCGAGAACGCUACUGUUGCCAUCGUUGACGAUGGCCUCGAUUUUAAGAGCCACGAUCUUGCUGAGAAUUAUUUCAAGGAAGGAUCGUGGGACUUCAAUGACCCUGGGCCGGAUCCCUUACCCCGUCUUUCGGAUGACAGGCACGGAACAAGAUGUGCUGGCGAGGUAGCGGCAGCUAGGAACGAUGUGUGUGGUGUUGGAGUUGCAUAUAAAGCGAAAGUCGCUGGUAUUCGGAUUCUCUCUAAAUCCAUUACCGAUGCCGACGAAGCCGUCGCACUGAAUUAUGCUUACGAGAAAAACAACAUCUACUCUUGCAGUUGGGGUCCACCAGAUGAUGGCGUUGCCAUGGAUGCCCCUGGAAUUCUUAUUAAGAAGGCUAUUCAGCAAGGCGUUCAAAAGGGUCGUGAUGGCAAGGGUUCAAUCUUUGUCUUCGCGUCUGGUAAUGGUGCUGCUAAUGGGGACAAUUGCAAUUUCGACGGUUAUACGAAUAGCAUUUAUAGCAUUACCGUCGGCGCGAUCGAUCGUGCUGGUGCUCACCCUUACUACUCGGAGGAAUGCUCUGCCAAUCUUGUGGUUACCUACAGUAGUGGUUCUGGCACAGAUGCCAUCCAUACUACAGAUGUUGGUGUUAACAGUUGUUACACCAUGCACGGCGGAACUUCUGCCGCUGCCCCCCUUGCCGCCGGCAUUUUCGCUCUCGUCGUUUCUGUUCGACCGGACUUAACAUGGCGAGAUAUGCAGUAUCUUUGUGUUGAAGCUGCGGUCCCCGUCAACGAACAAGACCCCGAUUGGGAGACUACCACCAUUGGCAAGAAAUUCAAUCACAAAUAUGGAUACGGCAAAAUCGAUGCUGUCAAAUUAGUCGAAGCCGCUAAGGAUUGGAAAUUGGUCAAGCCCCAGGCGUGGUUCCAUUCAGCUAUGCUUCAUGUCGACCGUGCGAUCCCCGAAGGAGAUAAGGGACUAUCCACAACUAUUGAAAUUACGAAAGAGCACUUGGAAAAUGCCAACCUUCAGAGGUUGGAGCAUGUCACUGUCACCAUGGACCUCAAUCAUACCCGUCGUGGAGAUCUAGAUGUCGACCUUAUCAGCCCGAAUGGACUUGUAUCGAAAAUCGCUGCUCAGCGCCCGAAAGACUCAAGCACUGAAGGAUACAAAGAAUGGACCUUUAUGACCGUUAAACAUUGGGGCGAGAGCGGUAUCGGGAAAUGGACCAUCGUUGUCAAAGACACUGUUCAUCCUGAAAAUCGGGGAACUCUCAACUGGUGGAGAUUAAAUCUCUGGGGGGAAGCUAUUAACGGUCAAAAACAGAGGCUACAUCCACUUCCAGGCGAUGAUGACGACGAAAACGAUCCGUCCAAGGCUGUUCACUCAACGAGCACCGUCGGCGCAGUAACGACAAGUGUUUCCAUAACGAGCAAGGCCCCUGUUUCCGGCAAUCCAUCGGAUCACCCAGAGAGGCCAGUCAAAACCAAGACUUCGACUUCAGUUGAGCCUUUAUCGACGAUGCAAGAUAGUAGCUCCAGCUCCAGCUCCAGCUCCAGCUCCAGUGCCACGGCGACUGCUGCUGAAGCCUCUGACUCAGCCGCUGCUACCGACACUGCAACUUCCACUGCUGAACCCGAAAGGGCCGGAUUCAUCCCAUCAUUUUUCCCUACGUUUGGCGUUAGUGCAGCCACUCAAGCCUGGAUUUAUGGUGCCAUUGGAUUCAUCCUAGUCUUCGCGUGUGCACUCGGAGGAUUCCUGUUCUGGCAACGAAAGAAGCACCAGGCCAACAAAGGUGCCAUGGACGACUACGAAUUUGCCAGACUGGCAGGUGGAGGUGAUGAUGAUGAAGCUGCGGAGGGUCUUACCGGUGGCGGCCGACGCUCUAAGAGGAACCAAAGGGGUAGAGACUUGUACGAUGCAUUUGGAGAGAGCGACGAGGAAGAUAUGGGAGCUGGAAGAGCUUUUGGGGAUGAUGAUGAUGACGACGAGAAGCACCACGUCAUAGGGGAAGAUAGCGAUGACGAAGUCGAUAGUGGAGAGUCGUACGAAGAUGUUCCUUCGGUAAGGCCUGGAGGCUCUGGGACUAGAAUAUUGUAA